UUCUAACUUUCCAAGUUUUCCAGUGAACUUCCCAUAAGAGGAAGAACAGAGAAGCCGUCGGAUUUCUCCGUGAAAUUGAUCGCCAUACCAUCUCUGAUCUAUCAAACUCACCUGGAAAUGGAUUCUUCAAACCUUUCAUCACUUCCGGAAGACUCCUCAGAGGAAAUCCAGAAUUCCGAUACUACCACCGGCGACAACCUCCCCUCCGCCUUCUCUUCCGUUCCAGCUCGUCCUCCCAUUCAGUCUUCUUCACAGAAAUAUGGACCUUUAGAUUGGUCAGACUAUUUUGACAAAGAGGAUGAUGUACAGAUUUCAGAUUCAAAUGAUGUCUUUCAUGUUUAUUUGGCAGGGACUGAAGGACCAGUGGUUUUGUGCUUACAUGGUGGUGGUUAUUCUGGACUUUCAUUUGCAUUGGCUGCAAGCAAAAUGAAGGAGAAAGCUAGGAUAGUGGCCAUGGACUUGAGGGGACAUGGGAAGUCUUCCACAGAGAAUGAAGUAGAUUUGUCUAUUGAGACCUUAUGUAGUGAUGUGGUGGCUGUUUUUAAGACGAUGUAUGGAGAUGCUCCACCUGCAGUUGUGCUAGUUGGCCACAGCAUGGGAGGUGCAGUUGCAGUUCAUAUUGCUGCAAAGAAAGUGCUAUCUACUUUGGCUGGGCUGAUUGUUGUGGAUGUUGUUGAGGGGACAGCAAUGUCAUCGUUGAUUCAUAUGCAGAAGAUCCUAUCAAACAGAAUGCAGCAUUUUUCAUCCCUAGAAAAAGCGAUUGAAUGGAGUGUGAAAGGUGGCACUUUAAGAAAUAUUGACUCUGCUCGCAUAUCAAUUCCUAGCACAUUGAUAUUUGAUGAUUCAAAGAAAUGUUACACCUAUCGAUCAAGACUGGAAGAAACUGAGCAAUAUUGGAGGGGCUGGUAUGAAGGCCUUUCUGAAAAGUUUUUAUCAAGUGCUGUACCAAAACUCUUGCUUUUAGCAGGGACAGACAGACUGGACAGAUCUCUUACAAUAGGUCAAAUGCAAGGGAAAUUUCAAAUGGUGGUUGUCCGACAUACUGGCCAUGCUAUACAGGAAGAUGUACCUGACGAAUUUGCUAGCUUGAUACUCAAUUUUAUUUCUCGUAAUCGAAUAGGCCCCCGUGGAGUUGAGAUACCUGGUAUUCAUAGCUGGUCAAAACCAAAGCCUUGAGGACUGAAAAUCAUGAACAGAAUAAGUUACAACCGGGAUUAUGGCGGUGUUUCCUUAACCCCUCAUUUGUGUUCAGGAUGAUAUUUCGUAAUGUUUUGAAGAUCUGGAAUAUUUAGACCUUUGUAAAUAGCGAAGUUUUCCAAGCCAUAAGUUGCUCAAUUUUCUAGCAAGCUUUUCCACUUUUGAUGACUGAGCACAGUUCGCAGUGUUUGACAUUUUAGUUGUUGAUCAAAUGAGUUAUGGAAUAUAAAACCUUAACGGGUUGCAAUUAGGAAA